GCUUGCCCGCGCCGGCCAGGGCGCGCGGGUGCUUGUUCGAUUGAAUGCGCGGAGCUGCGGAAUUCUGCAAUCUGGUGCCGGUAGCUGCGGGGUCUCCGUGAUUCUUCGAGCUGCCUGCUCUGGAUGCUUUUAUUGGUAACCGGAUCACUUUGCAAGGCAGCAAAAAGAACAAAGGACUCCUGGCUGAAUUCACUGAUCUACCGGCUUCCUCUUCCGUUUCGCUCGGGCCAGGGCAAGCUAUUGUAUAAUCAUCAGUGGGUGAAGCCAUUUGCUUUCCCUGCUGGCUCCGGCUAGCUCAGUCUUCAUUGCACGGCAGCGACAUCUAGAGGUUGAAACAUGGUAUUGCGGCUAAGAAUCAAGUAAAUGAAAAUAAAUAAGAAGCCAGAGUGUUAAUGGUAUUUCGUCAGUCAUUUAGGGAAAAGACUUGGGAUUCACUAAAAAUUAAGACAAAUUGGACGCUUAGCUGCUUUUCCAAUUCGCUGCUGUUCUACUUGAAACUCUUUGUGAUUAAAGAUAACAGUCCAUAGCGUAUUGGUCUUUUUAACUGUUUCAGUAGCUGGAACUUUUUAGUGCAACAAGUGUUUGUUAGAGAAGUGAGUCACAAAGAAGAAAAGAUGAGUAAGAGCAAAGAUGAUGCUCCUCAUGAACUAGAGAGCCAGUUUAUUUUACGCUUACCUCCAGAAUAUGCUGCUAAUGUGAGGAGGGCAGUACAAUCUGGCCAUGUCAACCUGAAGGAUAGAUUGAGCAUUGAGUUACAUCCUGAUGGGCGUCAUGGAAUUGUCAGAGUGGACCGGGUCCCUUUGGCUGCAAAACUGGUAGAUCUGCCUUGUGUUAUGGAAAGUUUGAAGACCAUUGACAAAAAAACCUUUUACAAGACUGCCGAUAUCUGUCAGAUGCUUGUAUGCACGGUUGAUGGUGAUCUCUAUCCUCCUGUGGAGGAACCAGUUGCUACUGCUGAUCCCAAAGCAAGCAAGAAAAAAGAUAAAGAUAAAGAGAAAAAGUUUGUCUGGAACCAUGGAAUUUCUGCCCAUAAAAAUGUUAGAAAGAGAAGGUUCCGGAAGACAGCAAAAAAGAAGUAUAUUGAAUCUCCAGAUGUGGAAAAAGAAGUCAAGCGAUUGCUUAGUACAGAUGCAGAAGCUGUCAGUACUAGGUGGGAGAUAAUUGCUGAAGAUGAAACGAAAGAGACAGAAAAUCAAGGACUUGAUAUCUCCUCUCCAGGAAUGUCUGGCCACAGGCAGGGCCAUGACUCAUUAGAACAUGAUGAGCUUCGAGAGAUAUUCAAUGACCUGAGCAGCAGCAGUGAAGAUGAAGAUGAGACGCAGCAUCAAGAUGAAGAAGAUGUAAACAUCAUUGACACAGAGGAAGAUCUAGAGAGACAGCUACAGGAUAAGCUAAACGAGUCAGAUGAACAGCACCAAGAAAACGAAGGAACCAAUCAGCUGGUUAUUGGAAUUCAGAAACAGAUUGACAACAUGAAAGGCAAGCUCCAAGAGACCCAGGACAGGGCAAAACGACAAGAGGAUCUCAUCAUGAAAGUGGAAAACCUGGCUCUGAAGAACAGGUUUCAGGCUGUGCUAGAUGAACUCAAGCAAAAGGAAGAUAGAGAAAAGGAGCAGCUCAGCUCUUUGCAAGAAGAGCUAGAAUCACUUCUAGAGAAAUGAGAACAUUGAUACUUAAUUUCAGUCCCCAGACUGGUUAGCAUAAAAAACUUUCCUCAUUUGGACUGGGUAUUAAGACAUUGCAAUAGUUCUUAUCUACUCCAAUACUAAAAGUUGUGUUGAAUUAUCUGUCAAUUUUCAGAACCAUAUUACUGGGUUGUACAUUCUUUAAGAUUUUAGGAUUGCAUAGGCAGAAUAAUGCUUGUUUUAGUAGGUUGGCAUCAUGUAAUGUUAGUGAUCUAAAAGUGACAAGAUUAGUGAAAUUAAUAGUUAAGAUUGAUGAAAGUUGUAAGAUUAGUGACAUAAACAGCUCAGCCUUAAACAGCUUCACUGAAAGACUUUUGCUAUUGUUUUUCUGUUUUCCAGAAGCUGCUAUUGCUACUCUAUGUUGUCAUGUAAGAUCAUGAAGAAAAAACUAGUCUGGAAACAAUAGAGCUAGUUUUAAAUUAUCCUUUGUCAUAUAAAUGCUAUUUACUACUUAAAGCUAAUUCUCAUAUGUAGAGAUGUGAAUAAUAUAAUUUUUAUAACAAUAAAAGCAAAUAUUUUCACUUUA